AUGGCGUCAACAAUUUCACCCAUGGGAGUUGGACACGGAGGCGGCAGUGGCAGCGGCAGCGGCAGUAACAGCAUCAGCGCUCGUUACCGCCGUCUCGCCAAUGAAAGGGAUGGGAAUGACUCCGCCACGCCUUUGGGUCUUCACAGCAGUGGUGUCACUCAAAACCGAGAGGUUGAGCCGCGUUUUGCAAGGAUCGUGGCUGAGUACGAGUAUAAACUACUGGAAGAGCGUGGUCGGGCGCAGGAGCGAGAGACGCAGUUGCUGGAGGAACUACAGUGGGAAAAGGCGCAGGUGGGACGUCUAAUGAAUGAGCGCGCGCAAUUGGAGGGAGAGGAUCGCCAAGAAAAUCAUGCUGGGCGUUUGGUGUCAAUGGACGAGUAUGAGCGGGUUCAGGAGCAGCUGAAAGACACACGUCUGAUGCUGCAGGAAGCGGAGCGCCGCUAUCAGCAGGAGAAACGGGAGCUUUUAAACCUGCGCACAUCGCAGCUUCUCAGUGAGACCUCAAAACGCGGGCAGGAAGGCGACAUUAUUGCCCGCGCCAUGCAAGUCAUGUCCGAGUACGAGGCCGUGGUGCGCAGCAGCGAGGAAAACAGUCUGGCGCGCCUUUCGCACCACAUGGAAACGUUUGAGAAGGAAUGGAUUUGUCGUUCGCGUGCAUUUGAAGAACAAAAGGUUGCCUUUGAGGGAGCCAUGAUGGAAAAAACGCGACAGGCGCUGGCGGAACAUGAGCAUGACGUGGAAGAAAUUAGCCGAACACUGCUUGAGAAGACGACGCAGGCCCUUCGAAAUCACAGCGAGGUGCGACUAGAGUUGGAGGGGGAGGUAAUGCGUCAUGCGGAUAUGUUUAAGGAGGAAUACAAGGAAAUCUUGGACAAGGAGUUCUACGACCGCUGUAGAAUGUACGAUGAAAAGAUUGCGGAGCGGGAGCGUGGUUGGGUGAAGACCCUGCAAGAGGAGCGCCAGAAGAUUAUUGCCGCUGAGCAGUUGGCUGUAAAGGAACAUGAAACGUUGCACGUACACGCCCUUGAGGAGGCGAUGCGAGAUCUGUCGCAGUUGCGUGAACAGCUGGUGCGUGAGCAUCAAGAACAGCAGACAGAUGCCAUGAAUGAUCUUAUCGCACGACGCGAUGACCUGCAACGAGACCAUGAGCAGCAGAUUGCCAGAAUAAACGAGAAGACGAGGGAGAUGCAGCGGGAGUGUGCCGCGGCAGUGGAAGAGAUGCAGAACACGAUGAAAGAGCUGCAUGUCCAGAUGGCGGUGAAGGAGGCAGAAAUGGUGCGACGGCUACAGGAGGCAGAACAGAGGGCAGCUAAGGCUGCGUUGGCGAAAGGACAGGAGUUGCGCAAUGAAGUGGAGCAGCUGUGGUCGUCGAUGCUUGAGAAGGAGUCUGUGGCAUACAAAAAUGACGUAGAGAGGCUGAGCAAAGAGUAUCAAGCCACAAUUAAUCGCAUGCGUAGUGAGCAGGCAGAGCGCGAGGGCGCGCUUCUCGCGUCUUAUGAGCAGCGUGUGGUGCAGGUGGAGGAGUCCGCCGACCUCCGGUGGAGCGGCCGCGUCGAGGAGGCGAUGCGAGGGUUGGAACGUCACAUGGAGGUGGUGCAAAUGCUGCGCCACGAUAACGAGGGUAUGUCGGCCCGCAUCGAGCGACUCACGCAGGAGGUGCAACUAAGUGCUGCAGAAAUGGAAGGCGCUGUAGCGCGCGCGCGGCGUGAGCAGGACAUUGUGUGGCAUCAAAAAGUCGAAGAGAUGCGACAGCGAUACGACAGGUUGCUCGAUGAGGCGCUUGGCGGUACCGACGACGCGGGUGUCGGGCCGGGCAUCUCUCGGCACGAGUACGAGAAGGUGUUGUCGCGUUUGAAGGAGUGGGAGGAGAAGUGCGUUGCGUUGAGGCGGCAGUGCGAGCUGCAGCGGACGCAGGAGCAGGAGGAGCUCAACGCUCAGUGGGGGAAACGCCUGGACGAGGAACGCGCACAGCGAGCAGCAUGGGAAACGGAGCAGCUGAGCCGGUUUACCAAGACGCGUGAGGCCUUCCUGCACGACAUGGAGGAAAAGGAAAAGGCUGCAGUCGAGAGGCUGCAGGCGGAGAGGGAUGCCCUUCACAAGGCAUUCCUGCAGCAACAACAGGGGGAGCGGGAACGCUGCGAUGCUGCCAUUGCACAGGCGCAAAUAGAAGAAAAUGAACGAUGUGUCGCAUUCUUCAAUGAACAGGAAGGGGCGUUCCAGGAACGGAUACGAGUACUAGAGGCGCGCGUUGCUCAAUCGAUGGCCGAUGUACGGAGUCGUGAGGGGGAGUUGCAAGAGGCCUUUGCGCGGAAAAUGGAUGAAGCACAACAGAGCGCGAUGGAUUACAUUCGACAAGAACGUGAGGCACUGCAGACCGCGUACGACAAGAAGUUUGCUGAGUUGCACGCCGAACAGCAGCGCUGGGAGGUGCAACGCACGAAGCUACAUGAGGAAAUCGCUGAGCAGUAUGCGGAGCGGUUUGUGAAGGCCAAGGCUAACAUGCAACGGCACCUCGUAGCUGUCACGGAACUGAUGCUUUCUUACCAGGAGCAAUGUGAGGCGCGGUGGUUGCAGGCACGCAAGGAGGAGUUGGAGGUGUUUAUUAACGAACGUGUGGCCUACAAGAAACGUUUGGAGUCAUCCAGCACCGCCGAUCUCGCACGUGUGCAGGCGCAGGUGGAGGAGACACUUCGUAUGGAGCGAGCAGCCUUGGACGAGCGCAACAGGGCGUUGCAGGAAACGUUGCGGGCGAACCAAGCGAGCAUGGAACAGGGGGCCGCGGAAUACGCCAUGAAGAUGUUUGAGGAGCAGCAAUGCAUUCUCGCAGAGGCGACGUGGCAGCGUUCACAGGAGCAGCAGCAGCAGUGGGAGAGUCUGAAGACCGCCUGGAUGGAAAAGACAUGGUCGAUGGAGGGCGCAUAUCGGGCAGAGAUCCAACAGAUGCGGUUGGCUCAUGAAACGGAACUGGAGGAGGAGCGGAGACUCUGGAGGGCGGAGGUUGAGCGACAACAGGAUGAAUUGCAGAUCGAGAAAUGCCAGCAUGUGGAGCAACUACGGCAGCGAGAGGUAGAGCUGAGAAACAAACACGAGUCCGCAUUGAAGGCAGAACGGCAGUGUCACGAAGGGAUCGUGGUAGAGUUGCGCAAAGAGCAGGAGAGUCGUCUUGCGGAGGAGCGGCAGCGUGCACAGGUGGUGCUCCGGGAGCGUGAGGCGGCCUUUGACUUGGAACUCCGGCGGUUGCUGGAACGCAUGGAAACGCAGGACCGUGAACAACAGGAGUCGGCCAAUGAGCGUGUGCGGGUAAUGCAGGAUGAGUUUGACCGUGUGAUGCGCGCCGUGAAGGCAACCUCACAGCAAUAUCAAGAAGACUAUAUGAGGCGAGUGGAACAGCUUGAACAGCUGCACCUCACUCAGCUAGAGGAGCAAAAGGACGAGUUGCAGAAAAAGUAUGAGGAGAGUCUGUGUGCGAUGCACACCGGGAUGGAAAUGCGGCUGCGCGAGUACCUGACGUCAGACAUGGACGUGGUGUGGCGCGUGGAGGAGCAGCGGGCCGUGUUGCGUGAGGAAAUGGAGGCUAAGUACGUUGCUUUCAUGCAGGAGCAAUUGGAGCGGGUGAAGGCAGAGAGGGAGGAGCGGGAUGGCAAGGUACAUGAUACGGAGCGGCUCCACAACAGCCACCUUGCGGCGCUUCGCCACGAAAUGGACACUGCGCUUUUAACGUACUUUGAGAAGACGGAGAGCCGUGCACGUGAGGCUGCCGAGCAGGCACGCAUGGAGUUUGAGAAGAACUUGCAGGCAUCCUUCGCCAUGCUGGAGGAUGAGCAGAGGCGUCGCGCGGAGUUGGAAAACCAACUCCGUGAGGCCCACGCCCAAGUGGAUGCGCUGCACCUCAGCUACGAGGAGCAGAAGCUUCAGGCGUUGCGGGAGGUGCAGGCGAAGUAUGAAAACGUCUACAAGGAAAUGCAUGACGCUUUGCGCGCGGAGCGUGAGGCGUGGGCUCGCCGUGCCCUCGGUGAGGAGGAGCAGCGAUUACUGAAAGAACUCACGGCGCGCGAAGAGAGGCGCCGUCAGUCCGUCGACGCGUUUUCGCCGUACUCCGCGGCCUCCCCGGCGGUGGGACGUCAUGCGUUGUCACAGGAUGCCACACCAGUUGCCUUGCCGCAGCAGCAGCUGCCGCCGCCCCAACACUAUCAGCGCGGGGGGGAUGAGUCCUCGCAGCUGAAUGUGCAUGCGGUGCCGCUCACACCUUAUGGCAGGACGGCCGGCAACGGUCACACUGACGUGUUGUAUGACGUAAAUUACGAGAAGUUGCAGCAACUGUGGUCCGUGAUGGAGGUGCCAGAGGCGGAGCAGGAGCAGGCCCUGUGUCGCUGGUCCCAACUGCCGCUGCCACAGCGUGCAUUGGAGGUAAAGAAGGAAACGCGGCGACUGGAGCUUCAGCUUCCUCUUCUAGAGGUCGUAACACGGCGAGAGUUCCUGAUGCACCGCCUAAAGGAGCUAGAGAGGAGCUCAUCCAGUAACAACAACAGCAAGAGUAGUGGUGGUAAUAGUGUACAGAUGGAGGAGUUCCGGAAAGAACUAUUACGGCUGACGGAGCACCUCAAGAGUGAGAUACCACGACAUGAGUCGAUGUACGGCAGCACCUUCCGCUUUCGUGGGUCUCGUUACAUGGACACACUGCUUGAUUGGUAG